UCAAUGUUAUUUUAAAGAUGUUCAGUGAGUGAAGUGCAUAGGUUGAAGUUCAAUUCAUUAGUACAAAAAUUUUAAUAAUAAGUGUGUAGGUUUUGCAAAGGAAAAAGUUUUUACUAUUAUGGAUUUAAGAAAUCUGAAAAUUUUCACACUUUUCUUCAUAAUGAAUAUGUGUCAUUGGCACAUCAGCGAAGCAGCUCCUCAAUUUCCACAACCACAAAGAGGUUUCAUACCAGCUUCUAGAGAAGAUGAAUCACCCCAACCGUAUGAUUUCCAAUACAAAGUCGAUAGUCCACCCUCUGGAACACUUUUUGGGCAAAGUGAGACGGGCGAUGCUCAAGGAAGAGUUGUUGGCAGUUACUACGUACUUCUGCCGGACGGAAGACUGAUGAACGUGGAGUACACUGUCGAUGGUGAAUCUGGAUUCGUUCCAAGGAUAACGUUUAAUCCGCCAAAUUCUCAAGGAACUCCUGCGGCGACUAGAUUAGGAUAGAAUAAUUUUUUUGUUUAUUUGAAAUUCUUAUAGUUAGGUUUUUAAGUGUAUUGUUCAACUAUGACUUGGUAAUGUUUGUACAUUUUUAUAAUUUAAUUAUGCAAAUUAAAUAAACUGCAGGCUGACAAAAUCCACAAUACUUAUUGGUUAUAAUAAAUGUGUAGAUUGCAACCUUAUAUAAAUUUGAGUGUUCUACUUGUAAAAGAUUAUGGGGUUUUUUUCGUAAUAAAGAAACACAAUUCUA